CCUGCAAAUGAAUCCUGAAAAAAAUGAAGAGCUGCUGGAGACUAUGUUCCUCUUCUUCUUUCACCAAGUGCGUCCUGCGGAGGCUCUCUGACCCCGGAUGGCGCCGCUUAAUCUGCUUCUUUUCCAUCACAUGAUUUUUAAAGUUCUUCGGACCCAGCCCCAGCGUCGCCAAUCGGCUUCCCUCUUGGAGAGAGUGGACCAAUCAGCGACAGUCUUUGAUGAAUAUUCAUGAGUCCGAGAUUCAAACCUUUGAGCGAGUUUGUCUUGAUCCACAGCAUCAUACCUUGGACUUUUCACAGGCACAAACUACAUUUUCUUAUGAAUGGAAAGAGAAAAAAUCAGUUCGGCUUAAAUUGGGACCCAUCCUUCACUGAGAUCAUAGAAGGAAAACAACAAAAGCAAGACAAGGGGAGCCGCAAGAAGAGAUGACAAUGACUACAAUUCCAGAAAGUCUUAAUAGCCCUGCCUCAGGAAAAACCGUUUUCAUGGAGUUUGGACCCCCGAGUCAACAAAUGUCGCCUUCCUCCAUGUCUCACGGACACUAUCCCAUGCACUGUUUACAUUCUGCAGGUCAUACCCAGCACGACAGCUACAGUCCAGCCACAUCGUUCACCAGAUCUCUGGGUUAUCCAUACGUAAACUCCGUCGGCAGCCAUUCCACCAGUCCAUAUCUCAGCACAGUACAGACCUACCAAAACAGCUCGGCACUCACACAGACGCGGUUAGAGGAUGCAGCGCCAGAAGCGGAGAAAAACACGGUGGUCGAAGGAGGAGAAGUGCGAUUCAACGGGAAAGGCAAGAAGAUCAGGAAACCAAGGACUAUCUAUUCGAGUUUACAGCUUCAAGCUCUUAACAGGAGAUUUCAGCAAACUCAAUAUUUGGCGUUACCGGAGAGAGCAGAGCUGGCAGCGUCGCUGGGUCUCACUCAGACACAGGUGAAGAUUUGGUUUCAAAAUAAACGCUCUAAAUUCAAGAAACUGAUGAAGCAAGGCGGGGGCACUAUUGACGCCAACGCUUUAGCCACCGGCCGCGGACUGUCGAGCGGCUCUCCCUCGGUGGCACCUGUCUGGAGCUCGCCGACCACCGUGAAGACUUCAGUGGGGACAACCGGAUCUUACAUUCCCAGCUACACCUCGUGGUACCCAACCACACACCAAGAGUCUAUGCAACAGUCGCAGCUCAUGUGAGCAGAGACCUCAGCCCUCGCCUCUGCCAUGGCUCGUGUAUCGGGAUGUUGAAGGGGCCUGCAGCCCGCACGGCGCGGCCCGGCACUGAUGGUCCACAACAACAACAACAAGAACCCCGGAGUUUGCUGCCGCGUGCCGCUGCUGGCACAGCGGCCCCCUCAGACCGGACGACGGCGAGCAAGGGAUUCAAAGACUGAGAAGGCACGCAAUGCGCCCAAGGGCAACGAGUCCAUGACAGUCAGCGGAAACCGUCGACAAAUGGAUCCUUUUAUUGGCUGCUGUUUAUCACUUUUGUGUCAGUUUCUUUCUUUCUUUCUUUCUUUUUUAAAUCACAUGUGUGUGAGUUAUUCUGUUUAUGAGAAAACACGUGUUUGUUUACGCCAGAUGUCGGGCCCACGGUGACGAGGACCUAAAAUCAAUCUGCAUUCAUUAACAGUUAAAGGUCGACGGGGGUGUUUCUUUAACCAAAUAACAACGACUCCACUUGUGACCAUCAGGCCGCCGUACGCUUACACCACACCCAGCCCGUGCAGAGCCUCAGCCCGCUACUAUGUUGUUUAUAUGUGUUUGUUAUUUAAGUUAAAUUAUUCAGAGGAGUUCUUUCUGUUCACGUCCGUCUGUGUUCAUUUUGUAAGUGUGUUUGAAAUGACAACACUGUGUUGUUAAUGCUGCACUAACGCAAGCAGAGCUUUUCUAUGCCGUGCCCCGAUGUUAUGUGAAAAAUGUAAAAGGCCUGACAGUUUGCUGCUUUAGAAGAAAAAAAAAUCCUGAAGGUGAGCAGCUCAUUUGUCACUGUAUUUUGUACAUAAUUUUCAGAUUUGUUUUUGUGCUGUACUGGAUACGCUGUGAAACAGGGUUUUAGGCUUUCUGUAUUCGUCGAGAUGUGUUUAGUCAACAUAGAAAAUAUUUAGUUUUGUAUUGAUCACUUUAAUUUAUUGAUCUGUUUCUGAAGUUUAUGUACAUAAUGUGCAAAGUUUCAAAAGCAGUAAAAUAAUGAUUUAAAUUAUGUCAAGAAAGGUGUCUGAUUCAAAUUCCCCCCUCCUCCACCCUCCACCUCCACCCUCCUCCCAAGUGAAAAGAAAGGCUUCAGCGUGGUGCAGCUUUAAUGCGAGCUGACACAAAGCAGUAUCAUGUUGGUUAUUGUAGCAGACACCAUGUGAGUGCGUUUGUGUGAGCUGCAAAAGGCUCGUCGCUUAGAUUUAUGGUCGUGUUUAGCGUUCAGCCGACACGGGUUUGUGCUGCUGCUGCUCACUGCUUGCAGAUGUUGUCAAAACCUCUGGAGCGACCGGAAAAUUAGAAAUCUGACGUUGCAUCCAAAAAAAAAAAAAAAAAAAAAUGUCGAUUAAACAAGACUUUCCCUGCACGAAAAGAUCUUCACAUGUGGUUCAGCCGCAUUUUACAUGGUUAAUGGAAAACAGCAAAAAGGACAUUCGUUGAAAAUGGCAGAAACCGCUGGGAAUCCUUUGUCCGAGCCGAGCUGCAUAAUUCAUAUGAUUUACCGUCGCGGUGCGGGCGAGCUGGAUUCAUUCAGCAACAUCGCUUAUUUCUUUUCAGCUUUUCUUAAAGAUAAUUUUCUCUCUAUUUGUCUUCCGACAAUCCCCAUUUUCUGGCAUGAAUGGGGGAGAUCAAUUGUGUGUGUUAAGUGAAUAAUUGCGCAAGAGGCAGGUGCUGCAAAAAGACUGGAUGAGCAAGCGGGACACAGGGCGGAUUAGAGAUCAGUGAAAGUGAAAGGUUCAAAGGCCUUCUUGCUCGGGGUUCACACUUUAUUCAUGUGCUGGAGUUACGCAGUCCUGCACUAAGCGUUUUGGGGUUUUUGCGCAUCGUAAAAGAAAACGCUUCUAGUUUGCUUAGAAAUAUUUUUUUAAAUGCGUUUGUGCUUGGAUUUAUUUUCCUCGCGAUACAGACAAUGAGUUUUUAAGAAAAUCCCUUAAAUAACCAAAAGUGCCCUGGAAUAACCCGUCCAUUCAAGCACCAAUAGCUCUGCACUGGUUAUACAUGGUAAAAUACUAAUAAUCAAAAUAAAAAAUAAAAAAAAACAUCUAGAAAAAAAACAAUACCAUCACAAUUCAUUUUCUGAAUCGUUACCGUUCGUAUAUGUGCCCGAGAAGAAACAAAGAAUGAAAGAAGGAAUUGUAAAUGCGCGACUCGUGGCUGUCGCUUUCCUCCAGCUGCGGUGUCUCCAUCAGUGUAUAAAUGUUUCGCAAUUACUAUGACAUAUUUGAUGCAGUUUGUGCGGUCUGCACAGCAUCCCUUCAAGAGGCCAACAGGAGUCCAGAGAGGUACGCACCACAUCAUAAUACAACACUUAAAUCAUUCUUCUUAUUUUUAUUAUUAUUGCUAUUAUUAUUAUAUGCUGUUUACGCCGUUUUUCAGCAUCACACAUUUCUUGGCAACUAAUCAGCUUCAGAUGGACUAAAAAGAAAUAAGCUCUGUCCUAGUUUAUCUAUAUUGUCUGCUCCUUGUGUAACAUCCCCUGCUUCAACCCUGUCUAUAUUGUAAUUUUAAUGCAAAACUCAGAACAUAUGAAGUCCUUUGUGAGCAAGCCAACAUAAGUAGAGCAGGCCUGCGUAUAUUUCGAUACCAUUAAGAAAUAAUAUGAAUUGUGCUGCUGCUGCUGUAUAUAGAGAACAUAAAUCUGCCUACCUAGCCCUAGAAAGGCGCAGCUGCACAUCCAAGAGGGUCAGUGUUAUUUCGCUGUAUUCUCCCCUUGAUUAUACAAGCUGAGCCCAUCAAACCCAGCAUAAUUACAGUAAUUUCGCCCUUAUUUAUUCUAAUGCAGUUUCCUAUCUCUGAGGCAAUUAUGAGCAUUUUUUUCCCCGCAAGGAGGAUCUUUCCGCGUUG